AUGUAUCACAAAGAAGAUGUGUGGCAUCCGCAGGGUCGUAUCAUUGAGCUCACUGGAGAGAUUGGUACGCAGAAGCUUGGAAUCGCAAGAGAGGCAAAGAUCAGUGAAGUUCUGCGUGAUGGUGUGUGGAGAUUCCGAAACUGCAGAGAUCAGCGUAUCAGAGAAGUGAUCCAGGUCGUGUCCUCUUUCCCUUUAACAUUAACUGUAUUGGAGCCUGAUGGCGUGCUUUGGAAGUGUGGGGAAGAUGAGUAUAAGGAAAAGUUUAUCUCAUCUGAUACUUGGCAUCUACUCCGUGGGCGUAAGGAAGAGGUCCGAUGGAGCAAGCUUGUUUGGUUUCCACAAGGCGUGCCUCGGUAUGGCUUCAUUCCUUGGUUGGCCAUAAGGGGUAGGCUCGCGACAGGCCACCGCACUCGACAGUGGGGCCAGAUGCAGUGUUGUGUCUAUUGUGGGGAGCCAGAUGAGACAAGGGACCACCUGUUCUUUGCUUGCCCAUACACUUUCACACUGUGGUUAAAUGUAGUUGGCAAUCUGUUUGGUCCAGACCGGGAUCCUGACUGGGAAAUCACGUUACAGAGAAUGCUUGGGGGCACUUAUGAGCACCUUACCUACAUACUUUUGAGGCUGGUGUGGCAGACCACGAUCUACUUCAUAUGA